CACUCAUUUCAACCCUCAUCACCCUCCUGUGACUUACAUACUUCCUACAACUAAUAAGCACAUGUUUAACCAACUGUGGAUGCUUAAUCAGCAUCCACACUAAUAAUGCAGUAUGUCUGAUUGAAGCUGGUGAGAGCUCUGCUAGCAUUAACCAAAAAAAGAUAUAGUCUGCUUCCAUAACAACCCUCCAAAAAUACAACAACCCAGAAAUAUCGCACAGAAUUGAACAGGAGAUGUUAGAAACGAAAGUCUGUGUAUCAGGAAAUAUGCUCCCUUAAUAAUAAUAAUUUCUUAGAUGUGACCAGGCAGCAAGGUGUACAGACACGACUCUGCUGCUGCUGCUGCUGCUGUGUGGGGUCCGGCUGGCACGGAGCUGGAGGACAGCUCACGUGAGCGCGUUCACAAUGAUGGGCUCGUGCAGUUUUGGCCCCGCCUGCAUUGAUUAUCUGCGGCUGAUAUUUUAAAAGCCGAGAGAGGGAUCGUCUCCUGCGCAUGCGUCUGCAGGCGCGAUCUGUGCUGAUGUCGCAUUCAGGUUCUUCACAUAAGCUCGUACAAGCACGCUUCGUCUUGCCUUUGGUCCACCAAUAACAUCUAUUAAUAGACUCUUUUACAUAGUAAAUGAAAAAAUUCCCCUUUCUUUCUCUUAUUUCAGUCUUUUGUCAUGUCUGUUUAUUUGUUAGCAGCAAUGUCAUAUGUUCUGUUUUCAAAAAUAUAAGUCACACUAGGUUUACAACAAACCAAACAACAUAAGAACGAUAUUGCCAGCGAUUUUGCCCCUCCCUCCUCCAAAAAAGACUAGAAUCUAAGGGGGUAACUGAUGUACUUGUCUUUGUACUUGUCAAGGUCAAGAACGACCAAUCAAGUGCAUACCUUUGUAUGUAAACAAAACAGAUUACACUUUGGUUUGUUAAUAGUAAAUAGGAAACAGCUAUUUAUGAAAAGAGUAAUGUAAAUAUAACAGAAAUAAAAACAAUAAAGCCGAUUUCACAUUUUCUAAUACUAGGAAUGUCCUACUAGUAGGACAUUCUCCCACAGAACAUAAAGGCAGCAAAGUACAUCUCCACCAUCCCUGCUGUCCCCAGAACACUGAGCCGCUACACUCCAGGUGGAAUGGACGUAUUCUCCGCUACUCCCGUUCUCAGUCCGCCAGAGCCGCGGGGAAAGCCAGGCCCGACAUGACAGCGUCUGCACGGGACAAGAAAUUCUGCCAGCAGUCGGGGGUGACCGUCCGUCCGGAGACGGUGUGGGCUGCGGGUCGCUACAUCGCGCUGGCCGCCCUGUGUAUUCUGUGUAUCCUGUGCUAUAGCAACUCUCUCCACGGGGAGUUGGUGCACGACGAUGUGUGGGCUAUCGUCAACAAUCCGGACGUCCGACCUGGCUCCAGCCUCAGAAACAUCUUCAGCGACGACUUUUGGGGCAAGAGGAUGGCGGACAACACGAGCCACAAGUCUUACAGACCGCUGUGCAUCCUCACAUUCAAGUUGAACAUCGUGCUGGGUGGUAUGACACCUCUGUAUUUCCACAUUGUCAACAUGUGUUUGCACUGCACCGUAACCUGCCUGCUGAUGCACGUAUGCCAAUGUCACGUGUUUGAAAACCGAUGCCUGGCCUUCGUCACGGCACUCCUCUUCGCCGUGCACCCUGUCCACACCGAGGCUGUGUCUGGUAUCGUGGGCAGAGCUGAUGUCUUGGCCUGUCUGCUGUUUUUGCUGACAUUCCUCUCCUAUAUUAGGAGUGUGAGUGGGCGUGUCUCUGAGGACUCGCUGGCCUUCACGGUGUCGUCAUCUUCGCUGUUCCUCAGUUUGUUGCUGGGCACCUGUGCCAUGCUGGUGAAAGAGACGGGGAUCACCGUGUUUGGAGUGUGCUUGCUCUACGACGCCCUGGUGCUUUGCCGCAAGCCUCUCAUGUAUCACCUGUCUAGUUCUACACUCAGGGAGCUCCUCCACAUCUGUCCCUUCAUCAAACGAGCCUGCCUUAUCACCAGCUAUGUAGUGAUCAUCGUGUCUUUCAGGCUUUGGCUGAUGGGAGGAUCCAUGCCGCUUUUUUCUGAACAAGACAAUCCCGCGUCCUUUUCACCUCAUUUUCUCACCAGGUUUUUAACCUACUCAUAUUUGCUGUCCUUUAAUGCCUGGUUGCUGCUGGCCCCCAUUGUGCUGUGUUAUGACUGGCAGGUUGGCAGCAUUACCCUGGUGGAAUCGCUGGGUGAUGUGCGCAAUGUGGCCACUAUGCUGCUGGCUGUAGUGAUGAUUGCUUUAUGCCUGCACUGCAUCUUUUCACUGCAGAGGCGAGACAGUAGGGAGGUGUUGGUGGGAUUGUUGUUUCUGGUGUUUCCCUUCAUUCCUGCCAGUAACCUGUUCUUUAGGGUUGGAUUUGUCGUGGCUGAAAGGGUUCUCUACAUGCCGAGUAUGGGUUACUGUAUCCUGGUGGCUCAUGGACUUGGUCGUCUGUGUUCGUCGGUUGGCCGUUGGGGCACCGCAGUUCUCAGUGUGUCCAUGCUGCUACUGGUCCUGCUGUUCUCAUGGAAGACUGUCCAUCAGAACAAUGUGUGGCUCUCCAGGGAGGCCCUGUUCCUUUCUGGUAUCCAGACGCUGCCUCACAAUGCCAAAGUCCACUACAACUAUGCCAACUUCCUGAAAGACACCGGUCGGCACCAGGAGGCAAUUCACCACUACGCCACUGCCCUCAGGUUAUACCCCCGUCAUGCCAGUGCCAUGAACAAUCUUGGCACUUUGACUCGCAGCCCAGAGGAGGCAGAGAUGUACUACAGGAAAGCACUGGAAACCAACCCUCAGCACAACCGAGCUCUGUUUAACCUGGGAAACCUCUUUAAAUCUCAGGGGAAGGAGAAAGAAGCUGAGGCUCUGCUCAAAGAUUCGAUUCGCUUUGGUCCACACUUUGCUGAUGCUUACUCCAGUUUGGCAUCACUCUAUGCUGAACAGAAACGCUUUUCUGAAGCCAAUGAAGUUUAUUUAAAAGGUAUAGAGAACUGUCCUGACAGCUCCGACCUGCAUAACAACUACGGCGUGUUUCUGGUGGAUACGGGAGAAGGACAGCGGGCAGCCGCUCACUACCAGCAAGCUGUGCGACUCAAACCGGCACAUUACGUAGCCAUGGUAAACCUGGGCCGUCUGCUCCGAUCGUCCAAUGAGAAUAAAGAAGCUGAGUCUUGGUACAAAAGGGCACUGCAGGUGACAAGGAAGGUGGACAUUCUGACACCACUUGGAGCAUUAUACUACAACACAGGUCGCUACGAGGAGGCUUUGCAGGUGUACAGAGAAGCUGUGGCCCUGCAACCGGAGAGCACCGACAUCUGGCUGGCUCUCGCUCAGGUUUUAGCAAUGGCUGGUCGUACCAAAGAGGCAGAGAAGAUGAUGCUCGAUGUCAUAUCCAGAAAAGGCAACUGCAUAGAAUGUUACCGCCUCCUGUCUGCAAUCUACAGCAAGCGUGGCAACUACACAGAGGCUCUGGAGGCUUUGGACAAGGCCCUGCAGCAGAAUCCCAGUGACCUGACAGUGAGAGCAGAGCUAUAUUUCUCCAAAGGGAACCAGCUCAGAGAGAUGAACCAGCUGGACCGAGCCUUCGAGAGUUACAAGCUUGCUGUUGAGCUCAAACCAGACCAAUCACAGGCCUGGAUGAACAUGGGAGGAAUUCAGCACAUCAAGGGAGAUUAUGCAGCUGCCAGGAUGUACUACCAACGCGCCCUCCUUCUCAGUCCUGGUUCCAAACUUCUGAAGGAAAACCUAGCCAAGCUGGACCGACUGGAGAGGAGACUGACAGGGGCUGUGUAGACUGGUGCCAGUGACAUGACACAGUGGGACAAACACUUGCUCUGGAGCCCAAACACCACCCAUUAAGACUGUUGAAUAAACCUAGUCUGUUACAAUGAUGGGCUGCGUGUAGGAGAGAAAAGAAGUAGGGUGAACCUUCAAAGAGACUGGCCCCCAACUACAGGCCCAAAGCCUUUCCUGAAGGAUACAAAGAGAAGCUGGUAAGAGCUCUGUGCAUUACCAGCCUGCAUCAGCUUUUCUUCAACAUGCACAUCUGCUUUCAAUAUUUGGGUUUCAUUUUCUUUAAGGCACUUGAUCAGAGAUUUUCCUGAGCUCUGUGCUCUGCCUUUGAAAAUGAUUCACAUAUUUAUAUUAAUGCAAUAAAAGUGUACAGAUUUAAUGAAGGGAACGAAUGGGCAGGUAUUUUCCUGACCCUAAGGUAUCAAUAAUAAAAUGAUGUAGGUUCAGAAGUCACCUGUUUGCUUUGGGGAUCUUUCAGCUCAUGGACACGGAGAACAUCAGAGUCCACUGUUUCAUGCAAACAAACCGUGUCCCAACCUGACAUAAGACACCUACACGUCACACGAAGACAUUUUUGUGAAUGAAUGCCCAUAAACGGAGGUGUAUCGAUUAUUUUUAUGCUUUUGCGUGAAUUAAUAUUGAAGACAAAUCUCAAAUCAAGACCAAGUCUAACCUGACUGUUGGUAAGCCUCAGAGCCAAACAUUUAUGAUGUUGGUAACUUCCAGCUUCUGAAAAUUCCAAAUCCCAGCCAGCAAUGAUUUCCAUCUCCGUCAGUAUCACAGCAAACCAACUCACAUAAACUCUUGGAACGUGCUCUCAUUUGGAUUGUUGUUAUUUAUCAAUUCAAAAUGAAGCGUCUCAGCAAAGUUUUUGAUUAUUAUUUUAAAAUGAGUGGUAGUACAAUGUGGCUUUGGACUUGGAAUCAAUCUGGCACAUUUAAUUCUGAACAACUCUGAAAUUCAGCAGAGCAGCUGUUUGUUGAAACAGUGUCUUGAUGCUCUGAUAUUGUAUCCACGGGACACAAAAGUAGUCCCAUUUCUGCUGUUACAGUUUAUGGCUCCUGCCCUCCAGCAGCUGGGGACUUUCAGACUGCUAACUCUGAACCUCUCUGCAGCAGAAGGAAGUUUUAGUAUGACUGGUUCCUUGUACAUUGUUCAAUGGUAUGAGUGUAACAAUGAUAUGAUUGUAUUCUCUGAUACAUUGAGUCCAUCAUCAAAAAUCACACAGGCAGUGUUACGCUGUCUUGUUUGCAGCAUUGUCUGUCCUCAGACGUUUAACUUUACAUUUUUGGAAAAUAAAAUUUCCCAAACUCUAAUUGAAAAUGAGCAAACAUCAGAUGGUGAAUAAAAAUUUAAAUAAGUUCAUUACAGACAUCAGAUUACCUCUGUCUACGAUGUUUUUUCAGCUAAGAUAAGCAACGCACACCGCUAUCAUACUUGAGCUCCAUUCUUGGGCCUCAUGAUUAAAUCAGUAACUAUCAUCAUCAUCAUCAUCGUUUAUUUGUAUAGCACUUUAAGAACACACCAGGCAGUCCAAAGUGCUGAACAACACAGAUCAAAACAACUACCAAAUUAAAAAUACGAUAAAAUCAUUACAUACAAUAAAAUAAAUAAGGUGUCAGUUUCCUACAGAGUUAAAAGCCAGGGAAUAAAAAUAGGUUUUCAAUCUGGACUUAAAGACCUGCACUGAUGACACUUGUCUAAUAUGGAGGGGAAGGUUAUUCCAGAGCAUCGGAGCCACAAUUGAAAAAGCUCGGUCUCCUCUGCAUUUCAGCCGCGACUUAGGGACCGACAGCAACAGCUGCUCAGCUGAACGGAGCGAGCGAGGAGGAACAUGUGGCUUCAGCAAAUCAGAUAAGUAGACAGGAGCCAGACCAUUUAAAGAUUUAAAAACCAAUAAAAGGACUUUAAAACGAACCCUAAAUUCAAUGGGAAGCCAAUGCAAGGAAGCCAGAACCGGAGUGAUGUGGUCGAAUUUCCUACUACCGGUUAAAAAUCGUGCUGCCACAUUUUGCACUAACUGCAGGCGUGACAAGGUGCCCGACCCAACCCCCUAUUAAAAGGGAAUUACAAUAGUCCAGACGUGAGGUGAUAAAAGCAUGAAUAAGAGUUUCCAAAUUGGGUUUGGAUAGGAAAGGCUUAACCUUCGACAGGCGUCUGAGGUGAUAAAAAGCUGAUUUUACCACCCCAUUUACAUGACCUUCAAAAGCACGGAAUCAAGUUUAACACCAAGAUUAGUGAUUGAACUUUUCAGAUGAGAGGUCAAAUCACCAAAAUCAACAUCUGGGGUAUCAAUAGAACGAUGCGGGCCAUAUAAAAUUGCUUCCGUUUUGCGACCAUUAAAAUUCAAAAAAUUAUUUGCCAUCCAUAAUUUAAUAUCGCUAAGACAGUCAAGCAGUGAUUGACAAGGGGAGGUAUCCAAAUGACUAAAAGGUAAAUAAAGCUGACAGUCAUCGGCAUACAAAUGAAAUGACACUCCGUGUUUACGAAAAAUCGCACCAAGGGGGAGUAAGUAGAGCGAGAAAAAUAAUGGCCCAAGGAUAGAUCCCUGGGGCACACCCCAAAGCAGAGGGGCCACAGAGGAAGAGGCCAGUCCCAGCUUGACACAAAAAC